AGCGCGUGUGCGCACGCAGUGGAGAGCCUCUGCCCUCGCCUGACACCCUGCUCAGGGCAUCUGGAGACCCUGGAAAACUGAUCAGGCUUAAAGUAUGGCAUGUUGCAAAGAUGGUUUCUGCCAAGAAGGUACCCGCGAUCGCGACGUCCUUCGGGGUCAGUUUCGCUCUCCUGCACAUCCUGUGCCUGGAGGCUUGUUUAAACGAAUCCCCAGGACAGAACCAAAAUGAGGAUAAAUUAUGCCCGGAAAAUUUUACCCGCAUCCUGGACAGUUUACUCGAUGGUUAUGACAACAGGCUGCGUCCUGGAUUUGGGGGUCCAGUUACAGAAGUAAAAACUGACAUAUACGUCACCAGCUUUGGACCUGUUUCUGAUGUUGAAAUGGAGUACACAAUGGACGUGUUCUUCCGACAGACAUGGAUUGACAAAAGACUAAAAUACGACGGGCCCAUUGAAAUUUUGAGAUUGAAUAACAUGAUGGUAACAAAAGUAUGGACCCCUGACACUUUCUUCAGGAAUGGGAAGAAAUCUGUCUCACACAAUAUGACAGCCCCAAAUAAGCUUUUUAGAAUUAUGAGAAAUGGCACUAUUUUAUACACAAUGAGACUCACCAUAAGUGCGGAGUGUCCCAUGAGAUUGGUGGAUUUUCCUAUGGAUGGUCAUGCAUGCCCUUUGAAAUUUGGCAGUUAUGCUUACCCGAAGAGCGAGAUGAUUUAUACCUGGACAAAAGGUCCUGAGAAAUCAGUGGAAGUUCCGAAGGAGUCCUCCAGCUUAGUUCAGUACGACUUGAUCGGGCAAACUGUAUCAAGUGAAACCAUCAAAUCCAUUACGGGUGAAUAUAUUGUUAUGACAGUUUACUUCCACCUCAGACGGAAGAUGGGUUAUUUUAUGAUUCAGACGUACAUUCCAUGUAUCAUGACAGUGAUUCUUUCGCAAGUUUCCUUCUGGAUAAAUAAGGAAUCAGUUCCAGCUAGGACUGUAUUUGGAAUAACCACAGUCCUCACCAUGACCACAUUGAGCAUCAGUGCACGGCAUUCUUUGCCUAAAGUGUCCUAUGCUACUGCCAUGGAUUGGUUCAUAGCUGUCUGCUUUGCUUUUGUAUUUUCUGCCCUUAUCGAGUUUGCUGCUGUCAAUUAUUUUACCAAUGUUCAAAUGGAAAAAGCCAAAAAGAAGAAAUCAAAAGCCCUCCAGGAAAUUCCCGCUGGUCCAGCGCCAAAAGAAAAGCAUCCUGAAGCACCUCUGCAGAACACAAAUGCCAAUCAGAACAUGAGGAAAAGAACAAAUGCCUUGGUUCACUCUGAGUCUGACAUUGGCAUCAAAACCGAGGUAGGAAACCAUUCGAACAGAUCUUCCAUGGUUGUCCAAGGAUCUUCUGAAGCCACAUCUCAGUCUUACUUAGCUUCCAGUCCAAACCCGUUCAGCCAUGCAAAUGCAGCUGAAACUAUAUCUGCUGCAAGAGCACUUCCAUCUGCUUCUUUUUCUACUCCUAGUAGAACUGGGUAUGUGCCCCGGCAAGCUUCAACUGGAUCUGCUUUUACCCAACAUGUGUUCGGAUCAAGACUGGGGCGAAUUAAGACCACAGUUAAUACCGUAGGGGCUUCUGGGAAGUUGUCGGCCACCGCUCCUCCCUCUGCUCCACCACCUUCUGGAUCUGGCACAAGUAAAAUAGACAAAUAUGCUCGCAUCCUCUUUCCAGUGACAUUCGGGGCAUUUAACAUGGUAUAUUGGGUUGUUUAUUUAUCUAAGGACACCAUGGAGAAAUCAGAAAGUCUGAUGUAAAUUUUUUGCUAUAGUAGUUUCCUAAAAUAUGAUGAACUUAAUGCAAAAUGUCUUUUUAAAUGUUUUUAAAGAUAAACAAUUAUUCUUUGCUAAAAUAAAAAUGCUAUAUAAUUUUUCCAUUUAAAAAAUUCAAGCCAGUUAUUGGGAGAGUUAAUUAAUUCCUCAGUGAAGAGAAAAUGAGCCAAUUUUCAUUUCAGAAAAUGAUUUAAAUAGAAUCAAUUCUGCAUUCAAAUUAGACAGAAUACAGACCAUCUUGGAAAGUUGAGACAAGAGAAAUAGGGCUAUUAGAAAUAUGUGGUGCAUAUUUAUGUACUGAAAUUUGAAAACAAACUAUGACAUUUUUAAAUAUACACUAUGAAGAUCAACCAACCACCCUAAAUUUCCCAGUGGCAUUGCCCUUAAUCAGAAUUGUUUAGCAGACAUUAUAUCUGGUGACCUUUGGAGACCCUCUUGCCUAGUAUCUGCAAGAAAAGAACUUUUCCCGUUAAAUGAAACAUUUUUAAAAGGAAACUGGAAGAAAACAAAUGCUGACCAAUGGAGUGAAACCUCUGCUUCAUUGAAAAGAAAUAGAGGCUAGGGAAAAUAUGUUCCCUGGCACGAUGGCCAAACAAGACUUAACAGUUGACUUGAAAAUUUGUGCUUUGAGCCAAAGUUUAACUCAUUGUAUGAAUUAUUUUGAUAGUAGUUCAUUCAGUUAUGUGUUUUUUCAACAUAUGUUUAUUCAGAGCCUACUGUGUCCCAGACACUAUGCUAGACAUUGUCUCUCUAGGAAAGCUCCUUCAGCAUUACCUGCGAUAUUACUUCGAUAGAACAGUCAGUGCAUGCUAAUGAACCAUAAACUAGCAGAAGCCACUGCAUUCUUUAAUGGAGAAAAAUUAUUUAGAGUCUGUAAACAUAUUUAAAAUAUUUGUCUCCUAUACAGAUAGAGAUAACAGGUAUAUUGUUCACAUAGCCACUUUUGAGAUAAGUACACAUUAGUACAACUUCAGCGAUUGACAUCAAAAUAUAAUGAAAAUGUGGUAUCAAUUUUUCUAAGUGAAAAGCACUUUGUGCCUGAAAGUAGAAUUCUAGGCGCUGUAAGAACUUAUAGAUUACCUGUCUGAAAUGUGAUCAGAAUCGCAGAAUCAUGAGAAUUAAGAACUCAAUAUGAAGCCUUUUUAAAUGCUUUUCCCCAACAUAGAUCUGGUGAAAUGUAUUAGCUAGUGAGAUGCUAAACUUCUGGAGAGGUUUUGUGUCCAUAAUUCUGUAUUUCUGGACGGUUUCAUGUUUAUUUGGGGAAAGGUUUGCACAGUUUCGUAAAUGAGGUGAGCUUUUCAGAAUUAAAAGAGCAGCAGCAAAGGAAUGGAGUACAGAAAAAAAAAACAAACCCCAAAACCCGUAGCCAAGGGGUAGGAUGCCACUAACUCCAUUAAUACAGUUUAUCAAGAUUUUCAUGUGCUAACUUUUCUUUUUCAUUAGGUAGACAUAACAAGUUAAUUGAAUUUCAAGCAGCUCUCUUAUGCUGCUAAAUCUAGGUUGAUUUUUUGUUGCAUUGCUUCCAGAUUUUUAUUUUAUACUUCUCUCUCUCACCUGGGUUUUGUGGAUGAAUGUGUUCUGGAAGUUUUGGGGAAAAUUUUGAGAGAAAUGGCCACUUUGCAAACAGGAGCUCUAAUUUUUUAGAAAGGCAAUUGUAUUAAUUGGCAUUAGUUUUUCAAUUAUUGAAUUAUUUGGAGUGGUUUUGUCUGAGACCUGUAAUGUGUUUAAAUGCCAAAUAUUGUGAGUCAUAUCUGAGAAUUCCUUCCUGGUCAUCUCUCCAGGUAAUUCCUAGAAUAAUCACAGUUUUAGGGCUGAAUUAUGCUUUCAAAAUCACCCAAUCCAAAUCCCUCAUUUACAAAUUGACAUCUGUAAUAUGAGGCCCAGUAAAAUUUAUAUAAAUAUAUAUAUUUAAUAAAGAAUAUUUAUACAAAAAGCUUAUCAAACAUUAUCUCAUGAAUGUGAAUAGAUUGCUAGCCUUGAGAACAAUAAUUGAAAUUGUUGUUGGAAGUUAUGAUUGUUCUUUGUUCUAAUGAAAGGACCUUAUUGCUUUGGUGAGGAAUAUACUCCUUGCUUAUUUAUUGGCCAAUUUUUAACAAGUAUUUCAUUGUCUUCAAUUUUUAAAAAUAAAUUCUCCCCUUAUAAGUUUUAUAGAUGUUGAAGGGAUAAAAAUAAAUGAUUUUGGAAUUGUAGACCAGAGAUGCAAAUGAACUCAUAGUAUUUUUCUUAUUUUUGUACAUGAAGAAGAUUUUAAGUAAAUCAAGUGACCAAAUAAAGAGAAAGGGAAAAAUUAACCAAGAAUUCUUUUAUUUUUUAAG